AUGCCUAAUGAGAGUGAUACUUCUGAUGGAAUAAUUCCAGAUGCCAUUGGUGAUAUUCCACAUUCAGUAUAUGGACUUUCGCUUGAUAGUUUGAUGGUUGAACGUCUUCGUGAUAGUGGAAUCACCCUAGCAAUUACAGCUCCAUUGGGGGACCAAUUCUUGAAAGGUGUUAGUACAAGAUUUGCAUUGGGUGCAAAAACACUCGAUGAAGCUAUUAUUGAUGAUGCUGUGGCCAUUCACUUUACAAUUGGUAACUCUGCCAAGUCAGAUCUGACUCCAAGUAUUUCUUUCCAGAUACAAAAAUUGAAGCAAAUACUAAGCAGCCUUGAUACUGAGUAUAAAAACCUUCCGAUAGCUAUACAUACUCAUAAUAAGGGAGUUAUAAGACAAAUCAUCAGACUUAAGAAGGAAUUGAAGAACAAAGAUUUCAUUAUCAUUGGAGGGCAAGAAGCAUACUUGAUCGCUGAUGAACUUGCUGCUGUCAAUAUUCCUGUUGUUUUGGCUCCUUGGAGAUGCACAGCUAAAACUUGGGAAAAUAGGUUGUGCUCUCCAAAUCAGCCAUUAUUGGAAGAAUCCUCCAUAAGUAUUCUCCAUAAUGCUGGUGUCAAAAUUGCACUUGGAACAGACGAUGACAAUUCCGCAAGAAGACUUCUAUGGGAGGCUGGAUUGGCAGCGAGAAGCAUAAGUGGCUUUAGUGAAGACGAAACAAUUUCUCUCUUGAGCAGAAAUGUCAAUGAGAUUUUUUCUCUUCGUCCAGCCAAUGACUUCGUGAUUUUUGAAGGAAAUCCUUUUGACUUUGGAGCGCUGCUUGCGUUCACUUUCAACGAUGGAAAACUAAGAAAGUGCUUUCCAGAUUUUGAAGAACAAAAGAAAGGCGACUUAUUAUUUAGCCCUCAGAAUUGA